CUGCAGCAGUGAAGGGGUUAAAGGUGUGGACUUUUUUCCACAGUGGGAAGUUAUCUGGAAAGUUUUCCUCAGAGUCAGCCAAUCAGAGCUCAGCUCACAGAGACUACAGUCUGGGUGUUUUCUCUGCUGCAGGGAAACUCUGCUUCUAACACUGUCGACAUGGUGACCACUGAGUCCCACCAGAGCCAGGAUCUGAUGGUCCCCGCCGAGAUUCAGGACCUGAGCCUGAACCUGGAGAUGGAGGGUGAGGAGCAAGCCUCGCCUUUGUCUCCUUCAGCAGCUUUCGACCCGGAAAAGUUCAGUCAGGGCCCCGUCAACGCCAUCACGGUCCUGACGCUACUCGACAAGCUGGUCAACAUGCUGGACGCUGUGCAAGACAACCAGAACAAGAUGGAGGUGCACCAGGUGCAGAUGGAGGGUGUGGUGAGAGGAAUCCAGGCCGAUAUGACCAGACUGUCCAAGAGUCACAGUCACACCUCCAACACGGUCAGCAAGCUGCUGGACAAGAGCCGCAAGCUGUCUGUGACCAUGAAAGAGGUCCGUGAGAGGAUGGAGCGUCAAGGCGCUCAGGUGAAGAAGUUGGAGGCAAACCAUGCCCACCUGAUCAGCAGGAACAACUUCAAAGUGCUCAUCUUCCAGGAGGAAAACGAGAUCCCUACCUCUGUUUUUGUGAAGGAACCUCCACCAUUCCCUCGAGAGGAGACCUUGGAGGAAUGCGAGGAAUCUGCACCAGGUACCAGUGAUGAUAAACAGGAGGGGGGAUUCCAUACCAUUGACCUGUCUUCUGAUGAAGAUGUUGGCCUGGAGGCCGACAUGGAUGAAGAUGAGCCAUGGCCUCAGGAUCUGGACAGCAUGGACCAGUCCAAAGCUGAUAAACUGAAGCGGUCCAGCAUGAAGAAGGUUGACAGUUUCAAGAAAGCGUUCUCCAGACAGAACAUUGAGAAAAAGAUGACCAAGAUUGGGACAAAGAUUGUUUCUGCAGAACAACGAGAGAAGAUUAAACAGAGAACUGCUAGCCUCAAGGUCUCUCCUCUCACAUUUGGGAUCAGGAAGUCUCGCAGCAGCUCAUUCUCUCAGCCUAAUGAGGCCUCUGGGCAGACCAGGGAGUCCGUCACCAGUGAGGUUGACAUCCAGCUCUCCCCAACAGGCAGCACCGAGCAGGAGGUCCCCUUCACUGAGGUCCACGCCCAACUGGCUCCAACUGACCAGCAGGGGGAACUCAAGGAGAAAGUGGAGAAGACAGAGGAAGAGGCAAUGGUGGAAGUCAGGGAGGAGCUGAAGGAAGAAGUGGAGAAGGAGUUGGAGGUUGGGGAGGAGGUUAGCAAGGUGAAGGAGGGUUCAGUGGUGGUAGAGGCUGAUGUGUCAGUGGUCUCUGAGGGACUUAGUGAGGAGUAUGCUCUGUCCUCCACCCUCCUACAGGAGAGAGGAGCAGAGGAGGAGAAGGAGGAAGAAUCCUAAACAGUCUUUAAGAAAAUGAGGGGAACUCAAAUCUGACCAAUCAGAGUCCAGACCUUUCUAAAGGAACUGUUCAUUCAUUCCAUGAAUCAGCGUGACUCCACUCAGUAAGAACUAUGAACACAACCAAAAAGUCUUCUGCUUUAUUCUGUAAAGGUUGCUUUAAAUGUCGGUGUAGCCAUCCUUAAGUAUUUUCUUUAAAUUCUCCUUUUUCUAAAAGUUCUCCCAGAGUUCUCCUCAGAUAAACCUCUUGCUUCUCAGAGAUCUAGACCACAAUUAGAAAUGAAGGCAGAACAGGUUGAAUUGUCCCUUUAAGUUUCAAGGUCAGAUAUGUUUUGGUCUUGUAGGUCAUGUUCUUCUGAGUUUAGACAUCUGCACACACAGCUCAUAUUUCUGUAAGUUCAGACGUUUAAAAUCUAUGAGAACAGUACUAAGUUCUGUAAACUGUGAGGUUCUGUUGUGUCGACUCUCCGGUUUGCAUCUUGAAUUCUUCUCAUCUAAAACUUGAUUAAAUAAAUAUUUGGUUCCUGGACUUAAAAAAAUCUUCUCCUUUUUACCUUAAUUUCCACCAGCAAACCAUCAGAACAAUAGCAAUCAACCUGAUCAAGAACCUACUGGAACAUUUAACCUUGGGACCUGACAGUUAUCCUGUGUUCAGGAACCUUCAAGGUGAACACAGGGGAACAUAGAACCCUGAAAACAUAAAACCAUCCUCCAGGUUCUUUACUAUGAGCAGACAUUGGAUCUUUAGGUUCUCUACGCCAGUUAAGUUCUACCAUCGUUCCACAGAUGUUCCUGUGAAGAUCGAUCCAGUGAAUAGGACAUCAUCCCAAAGUUUAGUGUUCUAAGAGCAUGUCUAAAGACUUCACCAACAUUUCCUUCAGGUUGCUGCACAUUCCAGUGAGGUUCCUCUAGUGUUCACUUAUAUCUGAGUGGUGUUCCUGUUUUAUUUUCCUGAGAUCUUCCUGUUCCCCAAAGAUCAACCCAGAUCUUUUAAAUUUGUUCCUAAAGUUUUCUCUAUCAUGCUGUUGUCCUGAAGGCCUUCUGGUGCCCCUUGCCAAGACUAACAGUAACGUUCUAACAUAGUCCACUUCUAAACACUGUUCCUAGAACAAGUUCUCAAAAGUUGUUCUGCUAAUGUUCUCCUGGCAGUGCUGUUUUCCAUGUGCUCCGCUCAUGCUCCAUGUUCUGCUUUACUACCCCAGUGUUCCCCUAAUGUUCUUUUUGUGUUACUAUAUAGUAUCCUGAAAUGCUCCCUUAACUCUUCCCUGAUACUCAUGUUUCAGAACCUUCAUAUUUUCCUAUUGUUCCACCAGUAUUCUACCAGUCUCUGGCGUUUGUUUUCCAGACGUUGCCCUUAUGGUUCCUAGAUGUUCUGCUUUAGAUUCCUCCAAUGCGCCUUCUGAUGUUCCAUGCACCAGUAUUUUAAUCUUUCAGUGUUCUGAACCUUUUUGUCUCUUAUCAAUGAAUGGAUCCAGAUGGUAGAGGUUAGGUCAGUAGAUUCUGUGGAUCUGCUGAUCUCCAGGCACCCUGAUGUUGACCUGGCUGCCUGUUUCACACAGCAUUGAAACCUUUGUGAUGGUCGGGAUCCAACUGAUUGUUCAUUUCUCUUUUUUUGUUCUGCCAAAGAUUAUUUUGCUCUAUGCCUCGUCUGUGCUGUUGAUCAAUCACCCUGUAAUCAAUAAAGUCUCACACACGUA